AUGCGUCUUUUGACUAUGACGUCGGCUGUUGAUCGGUUGGAUGGUCCGCCGACGUUGAGGGCUGCGGUGCGGUAUGAGAUGACGGCGUGGUUGGCGAGGGAGUCGGAUGUUAGUCUUGGGGAUCUUUUUGGGAGGUUAGGUAGCUGCCUUGACUUGACGCUGUGUUGUCGUGAUAACCCUAACCCUAAGGUCGACCCCCACGAACCCAAGACGAACCCGACUCUUUCUACGAUAUGGGCGUCUCACUUUAGUCCGCGCCUACACCAAGACGUAACCCUCUCCCAAAACUUGAGGUUCUUUGAUCCUAACAAGAGAACGUCAGCACACAACAUGUACGACAACUACAUAUCCGAAGCCGACAAAUUCCUCUCUCCCCCCUCCGAGUCUCAACACAACAGAAACUCGGGUGUCAGCAACCUGGGCAUGGGUCCACUGAACAUGAGGGUAGCUGCUGCUUCCGCUGGAAGUUCUCCAUCCAAGCCCGCAGCCUUGGCAGCCGCCACGCAGUCACCCUCUCCUACGCAUCGUCAGCCGUCUCCUACGCAGCAGCAGCACAAUGCUCCUCAGCCGCAGCAGCAGCAACAACAACAACAGCGGCCGCCUCAACAGCAGCAACAACGGCCGCCUCAGCAGCAACAGCAACAGCCUCCCCAGCAGCAACAGCGGCCUCCCCAGCAACAACAACAGUGGCCUUCCCAGAAGCAACAACAACGCCCUCCCCAGCAGCAGCAACAACAACAACAACCUCUCCAACCAACAGCAGCCCUAAACCUCGCCCAACCUCCCCCCUCCCUCCCACCAACAGGCCUAGGCCGCCUCCCACGCUCCGCAAACCCCUUCGAACCCCCCGCACCCCCAUUCCCCUCCUCUCCCUCCCCAUCAACACCACACCCGCUCCAACCACUAAUGACACCUAUCAAACCCACCUUCGCCCUCCCCUCCUCUUCCCCUUCUUCUCCUUCCCAAGGCGGUGGCGGAGGCCCAGCGGUAACAUUUUCCACAACAACACCCACCCCUCGCAAACCCAUCAUCCGCUCAAACUCUGAAGACCCACUCCUCCCUACGCGCGGUGAGAAAGGGGACGUUUUCUGGCGUCGGUUCUCCAUGAUCGCCAAGGAAGAAUUGGCAAAACCCCGUGGGGCGAAAGAUUCUUCGUGGUUGAAGAAAACCCAGAAUGGAAAUGGGAGAAUGAACAGAUGGGUAGGUAUCGUUUCUGUGUUGUUGAUUUUAUGUAUAGUGGCUGCUGUGGGAUUGGGGAUUUAUUUUAAUCGGAAUGCGCCGGGACAUCAGCAGCCGAAGGUUUUUGGAGGAGUGGGGAUGAGGUUGGGAGUUCUGUUGCGACGAGUGCGACUAGUGCCCGUGCCAGUGCAAGUGCGAGGGGGACGGGGAAGAGUGGAGGGACGACGAGCAGCAGUUUGCAUGUUAGUCCGACGUUUACUGUUGCGAGGCGGGAGGAGGAGGUGUAGAAAUCUAGAUCUAGAUCACACGAUCACACGGUAA